AUGGGCCUUGCAGUUGUCGAGAGCCUUGUUGAACGAGGAUGGAGUAUUACCAUUGUGGACAAGGAUCGCAAUGCCGGAGAACGGACGGCCAAAAGAUUAGGUGCUCAGGUCAUGUUCUUUGAAACAAAUGUGACCAAUUAUGAAGAGCAAGCCGAUGCAUUUGCAGCGACUUGGAGGCGCUGGAACAGACUUGACCUUGUGUUUGCCAACGCUGGAAUCUCUGACCGGACGGAUAUCGUAGAACCGGCAGAGGAACAGGACAAUGGUGCACCUCAGAGGCCUGAUACCUCGGUCUUGGACGUCUGCCUGCUGGGAGUUGUGUACACGAGCUAUCUUGCUCUUCACUUCUUCCGGAAAAACGAGUCGAAGGGAGGCAGCCUAGUGAUGACUAGCAGUAUUGCUGGCAUCUACGCAGCUCCGGGUGUUUCCAUCUACGCAGCGGCAAAACAUGGUGUUAUCGGGCUGACCCGGUCACUGGCAUACAGACUCCAGAAGCGCUGCGAGCGCAUUACAGUCAAUGCCAUUUGCCCAGCGUUCGUAGCCACGGGAUUGGUGAACCCAAAUUUAGUCAAGAGAGUACCAGAAAAGUACAUUACUCCUGCCGCAACGAUUGUCAGGGCUGUCCAUGGAUUCGUUCAAGAUCGCGGCCUCACUGGAGAGGUUGCCGAAUGCAGUGGCAGUGAGAUCUUUUACCGACCGGGUCUCUCUUUUAGCAAUGAAGGAUCCGAGUGGUUGAUGACGGGUGGUCUGAAGUCUUUCCUGGGGCCCGGAGAGGAGCAAGCCGUCAGAAAGUAG